AUGGAAGCAAACGCUCCCAAUGCGAUACCAGCGCCAACUCCACCUGUGGAGCCACCUUUGGCACCACCGCCAGUCCAGAACCAAAUAAGUGUCUCCUCCUCUACCUCGGACCCACGUUCCCAAAUGCAACAAUCUACUCAUCGCCAAGAUGCAAGAACUGGGCGACGAGACCCACGUUCACCUUCAAGAGGCAACACAUCUCACCAACGAGCUCCUCCACACAAUGGUAGAGAGGUUGAAAUUAGCAGUCAGGUAUCUCGCUCAAAUCACCUUCCCCACAUAGGUAAUCCCAUUGGUGGAAGGGCGAUACCUCCAAUAAGGCACAAUCCAUUCACUGUCGCAAUAAUCAAUGAGAUACUACAUCAACGGGUAAAGGUCUCGAGUCUACCGCAAUUCGAUGGAACUGGUGACCCACAGGAGCACCUUGAAAAUUUCUACGCCAUGGCAGAUCUAUAUGGCCCAAGUGAUGCGGCGAUGUGCAAGAUGUUUCACACAACGCUCUCCGAACGAGCAUUGAGCUGGUUCAACUCCUUGCCCACUGGGUCAAUUGAAGCUCUCUCCCAACUAACAGAUCGCUUCACCCACCAUUUCGCUAUCAACAAAGAGUACGCAAAGACUCCCGCGUACCUCUUCAUUAUCACCCAGAGAGAGGGCGAGACCCUCCGCAACUACAUUCAACGAUUUGUAGAGGCAUCUCACAAAGUUCCUAACGUGGGAGGAAGCAUGCUCGCUGGAAUCAUGCAACAAAACUUGAAGGAAGGUAGAUUCAAGGAAUCUAUGGUAGGAAGACCUCCAACCACUCUGGAAGAGUUACUAAGUUGCGCUGAGAAACACGUCCGCAUCGAAGAGGCUUUGGCCCUCCCUCCUCCCAAGAGGAAAAGAGAUGAAGCUUCACCACCCCGCGACGAGAUGGCCGACGACAAUCGUCAACAUCUCAUUGAUAAUCUCCUUAUACGUCCUUGUACUUCCAAUGAUGUCAAUGACACUUGGAGUCUAUCGAGCCCAUAA